AACUGUUCGUAUUUAUCAGCUAAACCUGCUGUACCUCUCAAUGUACCUUUUAUUAGCUGGUCGGUUGUUUAAUCGAGGGAGUCCGGGCUAAUCUACAGUGCGGUGGAUUGACCUGUUUGGUCAGUAAAACACCUUCGGCUCAGUGUAAACACUAACCAGAAUGAAGAGAAGAGUUAGCAAAGAGUGCAGUGGCUUGUCCUGUGAAGACUUGGCAGAGGUUUGCAAGAGAGCAAGACGUCCCAGUGAAGAUGUGGCAUCCACCUGGGCAUGGUUACCCCAGGAAAUUCUGCUGCGUGUGUACCAGUACUUGCCUCUCCUGGAUCGAGCCUUUGCCUCUCAGGUGUGUCGUGGCUGGAACGAAGCCUUUCACAUGCCAGAGCUCUGGAGAUGCUUUGAGUUUGAACUCAACCAACCUGCAAGCUCCUACCUAAAAGCCACUCAUCCUGAUCUUAUCAAGCAGAUCAUUAAGAGGCACUCGAAUCAUUUGCAGUAUGUCAGCUUUAAGGUGGACAGCAGCACAGAAUCAGCAGAAGCAGCCUGUGACAUCUUGUCUCAGCUAGUAAACUGCUCUCUAAAGACCCUGGGCCUUAUUUCGACAGCACGUCCAAGCUUCAUGGAGUUACCAAAGUCCCACUUCAUCUCUGCACUGACAGUGGUGUUUGUCAACUCCAAGUCUCUUUCCUCACUUAAAAUCGAUGACACACCUGUUGAUGACCCAUCACUUAAGGUCCUAGUGGCCAACAACAGUGACACACUCAAGCUGCUGAAGAUGAGCAGUUGCCCCCAUGUCUCCCCAGCUGGAAUCCUGUGUGUUGCAGAUCAGUGCCACGGCCUGAGGGAGCUUGCACUGAAUUACCACUUGCUGAGUGAUGAGCUACUCCUUGCCCUCUCCUCAGAGAAACACGUGCAUCUUGAGCACCUUCGCAUCGAUGUGGUAAGUGAAAACCCAGGUCAGCAGUUCCACACCAUCAAGAAAAGCAGCUGGGAUGCCAUGGUGCGCCACUCACCCAAAUUCAACUUGGUUAUGUACUUCUUCCUCUACGAUGAUGAGUUUGAGCCUUUCUUCCGGGAUGAGAUUCCCGUUACGCACCUCUACUUUGGCCGUUCAGUAAGUAAAGAGGUUCUUGGGCGCGUAGGCAUGAACUGUCCCCGACUUGUCGAACUGGUUGUGUGUGCUAAUGGCUUACGUCCACUGGACGAGGAACUGAUACGCAUUGCUGAACGCUGUAAGCAGCUGUCUGCCAUCGGCCUGGGCGAGUGCGAAGUCUCCUGCAGCGCUUUUGUGGAGUUUGUGAAGAUGUGUGGAAGACGCCUCUCACAGCUGUCCAUCAUGGAGGAAGUGCUUAUCCCUGACCACAAGUACAGCCUGGACGAGAUCCACUGGGAGGUGUCCAAACAUCUCGGCCGUGUCUGGUUUCCUGAUAUGAUGCCUACCUGGUGAAACCUGCAGACCUUUUUACACAUACCUAAUCAUCAAGCUUACUCCUUACCAAAUAAGAGAAUCAUUAGAUGACUUUAUACGUUGCUAUUCAUACUUUUCAAAAAGUAUUUUAAGGUUUUGGGUGUUGAGAUUUUUAUUUUCUCAAAGUUUUGGGAACUGUCAGCAGUCGCUUUUAAGAUUGCUAACAAGAAAAGAUCUGUAUAAAGAAUUGAACACUAGGUAUACAGCAGCAAACAUGCGGUACUAUUCCAGUGUAUAUGUGCUGGGAUUUUAUUAAUAAGCUUGUAUUCAGCUCGAAUUGAAAU